AUGUAUUUCAGCUCUGCAUCUCUGCGAACCUGGAACACGGCGCUGCAAGUGGCGCGAAGCUUGAGGGCUGCGAUGUGCAGCCUGCGCGCCAUCUCUGCGCCCAACGCGCCCUGCCCAAUGUGGCCCUGGGUGCUGCGCGCGGGCGCCUUCCCGGCGCUGAGGACUGGUCCCGCUCUGCUGUCGGUGUGUAAAUUCACAGACAAAAAUGAAUGCGUAACAACAGAAAACGGUGUUGGAACCAUGGCAAUCAGCAAUUUUGAACAGCAAGCUUUGGGAGAUGUUUACUGUAGUCUGCCUGAAGUUGAGACAAAAUUGAACAAACAAGAGGAAUUUGGUGCUUGGGAAAGUGUGAAAGCUGCCAGUGAACUCUAUUCUCCUCUAUCAGGAGAAGUAACUGGAAUUAAUGAAGCUCUAGCAGAAAAUCCACGACUUGUCAACAAAUCUUGUUAUGAAGAUGGUUGGCUGAUCAAGAUGACACUCAGUAACCCUUCAGAACUAGAUGAACUAAUGAGUGAAGAAGCAUAUGAGAAAUACAUAAAAUCUAUUGAGGGGUGA